AUGGGUCAACAGCUGCUAAUGGAUGUCUUUAAUAUCAUUUAUUGUCUAAUGCUGAGGGCUCACAUUGAAAUUCUCCGACAAAGAGUUAAUAAAUUGCGCACAAAUCCAGAAGAUUCGGAAAAGAAAAAUUACGACGAACUAGUUGAAUGCAUAACGCAGCAUAAAAUAAUAUUGGAAUAUGCCGACUUAAUGCGAUCAUUAUUUUCAAUUACUACUUUUAUACAAUUUAUUAUAAUUGGUACAAUUUUGGGUUGUACAUUAUUCAAUUUGUUAUUCUUCUCCGACUUUUGGAAAGGAUUGUCGCUCAUUACAUAUAUAAUGGCAUUGGUGUCGCAGACAUUUCCAUUUUGUUACACUUGCGAUCAAAUCAUAGAUGACUGCGAUAAACUGGCAUUGGCUAUAUUUCAUUCUAAUUGGAUAGGAUCAAGUCGUCGCUAUAAAGUGGCUGUCAUCCAAUUCAUUCAUUUUGUUCAGCAACCGAUUGCCUAUAUGGCUGGAUCAAUAUUUCCCAUAAGCACUCAAACCAAUAUCCAGGUGUCUAAAUUGGCAUUUUCUGUGUUGACUCUUAUUAAGCAAAUGAAUAUUGCUGACAAGUUGUUGAAGAAAUAG